AUGCCAUUAACAACAGCAGCAGCAGCAGCUUUGCAGUCAUCUCUGUGCUUCUCUUCUCAUAAUCCUCCAUCAUCAUCAUCAUCUACUGCCUCUAAUUCCCAGGCAUUAAACACAAGCACAAACGCCCAAUUGGCUGCAAAACCCAAAAGCCUCCUCCAAAAGCACCCUCUCUACACACCCACCCAUACCAAACUCUCCCUCCAAUUCAAAGAGAAAAUCCUAUGCCUUGAAAUCAUGGGAGUUGAUGCAGGCAAGGCACUCUCCCAAAACCCUUCUCUCCACACAGCCUCUCUUCACUCCAUCCACUCCAUAAUCUCCUUCCUCCAAUCCAAAGGCAUCCACCAAAAGGACCUGCCCAAGAUCUUUGGCAUGUGCCCCAACAUUCUCACCUCCAGCAUCAAAAGUGACCUCAACCCAGUUUUCAUCUUCCUCUCAGAAGACCUCAAAGUCCCAGAACACAGCUUCAGAAAGGUCAUCAACAAGUGCCCCAGAUUGCUUGCUUGCAGUGUAAUAGACCAGCUCAAGCCAGCUCUGUUUUAUCUUCAGAGACUUGGGUUCAAGGACCUGGAUGCCCUGGCUUACCAUGACUCUGUGCUGCUGGUUUCAAGUGUGGAGAAAACCCUAAUCCCCAAACUGGAGUUUUUGCAGAGCUUAGGAUUCCCAAGAGAUGAGGCUGUGGGGAUGGUGCUGAGGUGUCCUGGACUGCUAACUUUCAGCGUUGAGAAUAACUUCAAGCCAAAGUUUGAAUACUUUUCUGUGGACAUGGGGAAGAAGUUGGAGGAGCUGAAGCAAUUUCCUCAGUACUUUGCUUUCAGCCUGGAGAAGAGGAUAAAGCCAAGGCACAUGGAGGUUGUGCAGAGGGGAGUGGAAGUGCCUCUGCCAUUGAUGCUCAAGAGCACUGAUGAUGAGUUCAGGGAGUUGCUGAGGGAAUUUGGGGGUGGAUGA